AUGUCGCUCUCUGCCGCUGCGCACGUACCGUACGCGCUGCGCCCGCCCGCCCGACGCGCGUCGCCUCCACACGCCGCCCAUGCGCUCGCCCCGUCCUGCACAGCAGCCGCGCCGCCGUGUCGUCGGCGUCGACGCAGCAUCAGCAGCGGCCACGGCCCGUUACAUGGCGUCGUCGCGAUUGUCGACGUGCGCGUCGGCGCUGACGCGCAGAUCGACUGCAGCGACGUCGUGGCGCGGAAGCUGCGGGAGCUGGGCGCGUGCACCGUCAAGCGCUUCACGCCGAAGCUCACGCACGUGGUGCUGAGUCACGUGACGCCCGUGUGGAAGGCAAAGAUCGUCAAGUGGCAGAGCGGCGGCGGCAGCGCUUCGGCUGGUGCUUCGACUGGUGCUUCUGCUCGUGCGGCUGCAGGUGGUGGUGGCUACAAGAGGCGGUACGAGCUCCACAUUGUGUCGCAGCUCUGGGUCAAUGCGUGCUACGUGAGCAAACAGAAGCGGGACGAGCGCGCGUUCUUCCCCGUGCGCCAGCAGCAACAGCAGAAGCAGCAGUUGGAGCACGCUACAACGGACCGCCGAGGGCUGAUCGAAGCUUCUGAGACGGUUUCGAGUGGCCAAGAGCCAGUGCAGCACCACAGUCAGCGCCGACGCGGCCGGCCGUCGCUUGGCCACGAGCCGCUGGAAUCGGUGGAGGGACACGAGGGGCUGCGACGAGACAAGACGGACGACACCUCGAGUGGGAACGGACAAGAGACACAGGAGCUGGACAAUGCAGUGGUGGAUCUAUGGACGCCGUCGCCCGUGGACUGUUCCAAAGUGCACAAGACGCAGCAGAAGAACAAGCGGAAAGUGCGCGCACAGUCGAUGGAGCCGUUGGCGUCGGAUGCGAUCUUGAAACUGCUGGGCGGUGCCGAGGCAGUGUCUCGAGUCGAGGAGACGUGUACACCAGUCAAGCAGAUGAUCCGAUCGAGACGUGUGACGUCGUCGGUGAAGCGGCGAAAGACGUUAAAUGGACCGCCGACGCAGCUGGAGGACGUGACGGCGUCACCGGCACGUGGAGUCAACGCGGUGAGUGAAGUCGAAAUUGACAAGAAGAGCGGAAUCGUGGAGCAAAGCAAUGAUGGGAUUGUGGUGCCGGAUUGUCAAGCUAGUUUAUGCCUAUUUGGUGUAAGUUCCGCUGUUGCUGUGGAUAGUGAAAAGACUGGAAUAACCGUUUCGCCGGACGACAAGAGCAAGAGCGCAAAGAGAACGACAGCACGAGAACUACGGCGUCGCAAUCGGAAUUCUCUUCCGUAUGGCAGUGGUCUUACACUAAAAGCGGGUAUCUGGUCGUGUGCUGCGUGCGGCUGCUCGAAUCCGCGCGCACGCAGAUGCUGCACAGAUUGUCAAGCCUUGAAGGGGACUGCGAAAUCUCCGGGAAGUUCUGAUUCUGUGUCACCUCUCGUGGUUGCAAGUCCGGUAGCAGAGGCGUCCAAAACGCUUUCUGCGACGUCUGCGAUCACAAUAGCUCCUGCUACGCUAAGAUCUGAGUCUUUGACGCCGCCUACUGGAAAAGAAAGACUAUCGGGCUCUGCUAGAAAGUCGAAAACGCCUAGCAGCUGCUUACCGUUGCCCAGACGUGAUUCACGUUCAUUGACUCGACCAACUGCAAGCUCGGCUGCAAAAGUCCGUACUCUAAGCCCAGGAGCGUCUAGAGUUUCGCGGUCGGUCACGAAGACUUCAGCUUCUAGUGCCGAUACCACAUCGAGAACUCAAAGUCCCGCUGUUCGAAGCUCUAUUUUGAAGCAUAAUAGCAUGAGCGCCUUAGUCGCAAAUGCUUUGAUUCCGACUGUCGCGCGAGAGCAAAGCCCUGUGAUGGAGAAAGGGCAGAAAAAACUGCAAACGACGGGCGAUAUAAAGGUCACGCAGGGCUCUGCAAAAAAGCGUUUCCGUCCUCCUUUUUCGAGCAAUACAUUGACAACCCCAGUCGUGAAGAAAGCACGACGGAACAUAAACAUGGAAGACACAAUGGACAAGCGUUUGGCAACUCCAGGCUCGGUGUCUGGUUUCCUGAGGAAGCAUCGGGAUGUCAAUUCGACUCCGAUUCCCAUGGCUAUGAAUUUUUCUACCUCAGUCAAUUCUGGCAGGCUUGCGCGCACUGUUAUAAGUAUAACUGGAGUAAGCACAGAAACACGCGGAGUGCUGGAGUGCGCGAUUCAUGCGAUUGAUGCCAACAUGACGAAUGAUGCUGGUUACCGGAAGGCACGUAUGGUGAAGAGCGUGGAUUACGCGGCUGGAGUGACGCACCUCAUAGUAGGCAAAGGCGCAAAACGCACCAUCAAAGUGCUUUUUGCCAUUGCUCGUGGGGCUUGGAUUGUAUCAGAGGAUUGGGCGUUUUCGUCUCUUGAACAAGAGCGGUGGUUGCCAGAAGAAGAUUUUGAGCUAACGAUGUUUGCAAACAAAUACGCGCGCGAGCAUCCGGAGUCACGACAGAAGUUCAAGGGCAUGAAGUUUUUUGUCGGUUCAAAUGUUGAGCCAUCGCGCGAAGUUCUUCAGUCGCUCAUUCAAGUUGCAGGCGGAGAGAUUUGCAAUCAGAUUUCAGUGGCAGACAUUUGCAUCUGUGGCGAUGCCUCUCUGUUUCGACGGGCCCGGAGGAUCGGCAUUCGAGCUGUGACUUCGAAGUGGGUGUUUGACAGCAUUGCAGGCAUGAAGCUUGAAGAUGAGGCGAAGUACAAGUUUACAGAGCCCAUGGACGUUCUGGCAAAAACUCCGACCAAGAGCCGUCGAGCCGUGGUCUCAGGGCUGGAAGCUCACUCGACGGUACCCGAAUGA